UGGCGACAGAGCCUCAGAUAUAUAAGGUGCAGGCAGAGGAGGUCUCAUUCGCUCUGCAAGCCAUACACCCCUCACCUGCACACACACAUAACACACACUCAUACACACACCCACAUACAAAACUAGCCUUCGUCCCCUGCACCGUCAUCCCCCCCUCCUUCAUUCCGGCGCACAUCAUAUAGUCUGACCGGAUGAGUUACCCGGUGGACACGGUAGGGAGCCCCUUCAGGAGAAUUAUGGAUACCAGAACGACCGGCUACGGCUACAGCCGCUCCAGCGGCACCCCGUCCAGCGGCUUUCGCUCCCAGUCUUGGUCCCGGGCAAGCCCCGGCUCCACCAUGACCUCGUCUUACAAGAGGAACGUGAACAUGCCGGUGUCCCGAGUUUACAGCUCGGCGGUGCACGGCUCCGCCGACAGCGUUGAUUACAGUCAAAGCUCCAUGCUGAACGGAGACUACAAGCGCUCCAAUGAGAAAGAGCAACUCCAGGGGCUCAACGACCGGUUUGUGGUUUACAUCGACAAGGUGCACUAUCUGGAGCAGCAGAACAAGCAGAUCGAGGAUGAGAUCCAGGCACUGCGGCAGAAGCAGGUGUCGCGCUCCCAGCUGGGCGACCACUACGACCAGGAGCUGCAGGAGCUGCGCUCCAUGCUGGAGCAGAUCCACCACGACAAGACGCAGAUCCAGCUCGACACCGACCACACGGAGGAGGACAUCCAGCGGCUCAGGGACCGCUUCGACGAGGAGGCUCGCAUCCGGGAGGAGACGGAGGCCAUAAUCCGCCUCCUGAAGAAGGACACGAGCGACUCCGAGUUGGUGAAGUCCGAGCUGGAUAAGAAAGUUCAGUCGCUGCAGGACGAGAUCGCAUUCAUCCGCAACAACCACGAGGAAGAGGUGAGCGACCUCUUCGCCCAGAUCCAGGAGUCUCAGGUGACCGUGGAGAGGAGAGACCUCCAGAAGACGGACAUCACCGAGGCUCUGCGGGAGAUCCGCUGCGAGCUGGAGGGCCACUCCAACCAGAACCUGCAGCAGGUGGAGAACUGGUUCAUGUGCCGCUUCUCCAAGCUCACCGAUGCGGCGGAGCAGAACAAGGACGCCAUCAAGUCCGCCCGUGAUGAGAUAUCCGACUACCGCCGCCAGUUGCAGUCCAAGACGGUGGAGUUGGAGUCCAUCCGCGGGACAAGAGAAUCGCUGGAGAGGCAGCUGAAUGACAUCGAGGACCGCCACAACAGCGACCUGUCCAGCCUGCAGGAGACAAUUCACCAGCUGGAUAAUGAGCUCAAGAGCACCAAAUGGGAGAUGGCUCGUCACCUGCGUGAGUACCAGGACCUGCUCAAUGUCAAGAUGGCCUUGGACAUUGAGAUCGCUGCAUACAGGAAACUCCUAGAGGGUGAGGAGACCCACUUCAACACUUUCCCUUAUCGUCAGGCCACCCCCACCAAAAUCUCUAAGCCUAAAUCAGACCCUCCCAAGCUCAAGGUGCACCACAAGUUUGUGGAGGAGAUCACCGAAGAGACAACGGUUGAGGAUGAGAAGUUAGACAUCGACGAGGCCCUGGCGGAAAUAGCACAAGAGCUGUCUGCCACACUCGGAGGAGGGGGAGAUGAGGGUGAGGAAGAGGAUGGAGAAGAGGAAGGAGAGGGGGAGGAAGCAGAGGCUGAGGGGGAAGAGGGCGAGGAGGAACUUGUAGCCGCCACUGAAGCCAAGGUUAGCUCUAGCGAACCUGCUAAGGAGGAAGAAGAGGAUGGAAAAGGUGACGAUGAGGAAGAAGAGGGGGAAGGAGAAGGGGGUGAUGAAGGAGAGAAGGAAGAAGAGGAUGAGGGAGAAAAGGGGGAGGAUGCAGAGGGAGGCGACGAAGAAGACGGAGAAGAGGGAGAGGAGGAAGUUGAGGAGACAGUCCUGUGCUCCAAAGCUCCAGAGUCUAAAGCCUCUCCUGACAAAGAGAAGGCCGGAGACAAAGAAGGCAGCGGAGGUGAAGAGGAAGCUGGUGCUGAAGAGGAGGAAGGCGAUCAGGAUGAAGAUGCAGCUAGUGACAAAGCAUCCAAAAGCGGUGAUGAGAAAGAGGAAAAAGAGGACGGGGACAAAGACAAAAAAAGCGAAAAAGACGAGAAGAAGUUAAAAGAUGAGAAAGCAGAAGAAGAUGUAGCCAAGACAGAAGCUCCAAAAACAGAAGCUGCAAAGCCAGAGGUCAAGAAAGAAGAAGCUGCCAAAACCGAGGCAUCAAAACCAGAUUCUCCAAAGGCUGAAUCCCCAAAACCUCAAUCCCCCAAGUCUGAAUCCCCCAGACCUGGAUCACCUAAGUCUGAAUCCCCAAAACCUGAGUCCCCUAAGUCUGAAUCCCCUAAGCCUGAGUCCCCUAAGUCUGAAUCCCCUAAACCUGAGUCUCCUAAGUCUGAAUCCCCUAAGCCUGAGUCCCCUAAGUCUGAAUCCCCUAAACCUGAGUCUCCUAAGUCUGAAUCCCCUAAACCUGAGUCCCCUAAGUCUGAAUCCCCUAAACCUGAGUCUCCUAAAUCUGAAUCCCCUAAACCUGAGUCCCCUAAAUCUGAAUCCCCUAAACCUGAGUCCCCUAAAUCUGAAUUACCUAGACCUGAGUCCCCUAAGCCUGCAUCCCCUAAGUCUGAGUCCCCUAAAUCUGAACUACCUAGACCUGAGUCCCUUAAGCCUGCAUCCCCUAAGUCUGAGUCCCCUAAAUCUGAAUUACCUAGACCUGAGUCCCUUAAGCCUGCAUCCCCUAAGUCUGAGACCCCCAAAGAAAGCUCACCGAAGGCUGGAUCCCCAAAACCCAGCUCCCCAAAAACUGAGUCCCCCAAGUCAGACUCCCCAAAACCCGAAUCACCAAAAGCUGAAUCCCCAAAGACCGCCAAACCCGAGGCCCCUAAAGCUGCUGAAGAGAAAUCAGAGAAAAAGAGCGACCCAACAAGCGACAAGAGUGCAGAAAAGAAAGAAGUUGCCAUGAAUGGCGACGUAGACAAGAGCAGCCCUGAAGAGAAGGAGAAGAAGGACGAGGGAAAGGAAGACGACGUGAUCUCUAACGGCGUGGACGAAAGUCCCGUCAAGGAAGACGGAAGCCAGAAAGUGGUGAUCACCAAAACUGUGGAGACGAUCACCACCGGAGAAGACGGCUCCAAGCGCGUCACCAAAUCGGUCACCGUGACCGAGACGAUGAAGGAAGAGGUGGAGGAGGAGAAGGAGGAGAAGCUGGUCUCCACCAAGAAGACGGAGAAGCACUCCACCCAGUCCAUCAAGCUGGUGACAGAGGCCGAAUGAGCGGAGGUGGACCGGAGGAGAGGAUACAGAGAUAAGCAAUCAACCCAGAACUAACAUUUAAAACAAGAAAAUUAUACAGCUAGAGCGAUGUAAUAAAGAUAGCCACUCACAAAUCAUAGAGAGAAGCCAAAACGUAAAUGCUACAAAUUUCAAAAAUGCAUGUUGAGUGACAGCUUUAAGCAGGCUUUGCUGCGGACGUCGGGAGGAGCUAGCGACUAAGACAUUUUAUCCUCUUUUUCUUUCUUUCUGCAGUUCACGGGUGAGCUCACUGGAGGGAGGGAGGGAGGGACGGGGGGUCUCUGCAUGAUAGCUCAGGAGAGGGGAGAACUUUCCUCUCAUCUGUAUGUAUGGUAGAAAUACACUGUAAAAAGAGUACAUAUGUAAAAGGAAUACAUAUAUAUAUAUACUGUAUAUUGUGGAUGGGAGAGUGAGAGAAAUAUUAAAGUUGAGAGGUUGUUCAGAGUUUAAGUAAAGGGGGUGAGGGAAGUCUACGAAGACACGUGCUCUACUGAAGAAGCCUUACUUGACAUGUGAAGAUAUCAACUGAGCCAAAAAGAAACUAACAGCAAAUGCACCACAUACAGAGAAGAAAGAGACGGGCAGCGAUAUGACACACACACACACACACACACACACACGACCAUGUACAUCCAGUUAAAGCUUAACAAACCUGAAGAAACUCUUAGCCUUAAACAUGCUUUUCAUCAGUGUCUGUUAUGUUCACCUGAGUGCAACUGAAAAAUGAACCAACUGUAAAUGCGCAGAUUCACGCAUUCUUGUAUGCAUAGGAGGGACUUGAAUUUAAAUACAGAAAUAAAUGAGGUGCUACUGUUUGCAAUCCCAUGACUUUACUCAUCAUGUACAAUUUCCCAGCAGCAUUUGCUCAAUAAAUGUCAUAACGAAGUAAAAAAAA